AUGGAUCCCCCUCGCAAUCGAAAACAGCGCCGAGCUGCUGCAACGAACGCCCCAACUUCAGCUGCCGAUAUCCCUCUUAGCCUACCCCCGCGCGACGAUUCGGCGUCACCGGAUAAAAGACCGAAAAAGCUCGUGGAUAUCAUUGCAGAGCGCCAGAAUGCGCUUUUCCAGCAGCAGACGGGCUCACAAGCUGUACCAGGUCAGGGCAAAGGAGAUUUAAAUGCUUUCAAGUCUAAGGGGACACGAUUCGUCACCGUAGACGCGUCGGGUGCUUUAGUCGAAACCGACGCCGAUAUACACAGCGACACAACCGAGAGCAUCGGUAGAGGGGACGGUAGCAAUGAAGAUGAAUCCAGCGACGACAACAAAGAAGACGAAGAUGAAAAUGAAGAAACAGACAAACCUCUCCCACCCCUCAUCGAUACCAUCCUACUCGCACUACCUCUAACAACACUCCACCUCACCCUCGCCUACUUGGCAGCCCACCAAUACGCUGAAGUCACAGAUAUCCCACAGCUCAUCAGAGAUGCAGUGUGGAAGACUUUCCCACUCCUCACACUCCUGAUACAUUUCCUCCACGGCCAUAUCUUUUCUCUUCGACUUCCUGUAUCCUGGGGCUUUUUGAGACCACAACCUGUCCCUGUUAUACCUUUUACUGCAGAUAUGUUGAGCUUGUCAUUCCUUCGCCGACUUAUAUUCCCGCCCACUAUUCGAACAAUCAUAUUUCUGCCUACUGCUGUAUUAUUGGGUAUUCAUGUUAUUACGGUCACGAAUGAAGAAGCGUACUAUGCUGUUAUGAAGAAGGCACCUGCUUAUGCGACCGUGUGGAUUUGGUGUUUGAUUGAAAUGUCGACUGGGGCGGCGGUUGUGGGAGCUCUUUGCCCGUUUAUCUAUGGAGUAUGGUGGAAGGGACAUGCCAUUUUUUGA